AUGACCGGAAAUUUCAAUGAGACAAAAAUAAUUGGAAAAGGUAGUUUUGGGGAAUUGUACCAAGGUCGUGUCAGACUUAAAGGUCUAACAGAUAAUUAUUACUAUCUUAUCGCAAUCAAGAAGAUGCAUUGGCCAUCAAUUUGUUAUUCUGAGAUGCAAUUCAAGUUCAGGGAAGAAAUUGAGAAAAUCUGUGUGCUUCGCCAUCCAAAUUUGGUGUCUCUUUUAGGAUUCUGCAAUGAUGAUGGUGAUGCUGUUGCUGCGGCUGCUGCUGCUGAUGAUGAUUAUAAUAAUGAUGAUGCCAAGAUACUUGACUACACUACCUUCACACAGCAUCCAUUUUUCACCGUAACACAAGGACUACACUACCUUACUAACAUCCUUUUGGAUCGCGCUAUGGUGCCUAAACUCUCUGAUUUUGGGUUUCCCUGGUCAAACCCAAUACAUGCAGGGUGUUAUGCUGCUCCUGAAUGGUCUGAAGGCCAUGACUUCACAGAUAAGUGUGAUGUUUACUCUUUUGGUAUAGUUCUCCUACAAGUGGUAUUCACGAGCAAGCUACCGCUUAUUGAGGGGGAAAGUGAUCCCAUUCUCAAGGGUAUGAUUGCACCACAGUGCUGGGAAGUUUUCUUAGACAUCACACGACGGUGUUUGAAAUUUGGACCAAAUGAGCGACCAACCAUCAAUAAAGUUAUGACUCAACUUGAGCAUGCUCUGGCACUACAAGAGGAAGCAGAUGCCAACACUAGUGAUGAAUACAACUUAUUAUCAAUAACCUUUGAUGAUGAUGCCUUAUUAGGAAGGCGCUUAUGCUAGCAUCAUUUUUGGAUAUUGUAUUUUGUUGGUUCAAGUAUUUAGUGUUUUUAUUCAAGAGUCUUAUAUAAACUUGUUGAAUAAUGAAAAAAGGCAUGAAUACUAGCUCACAUAUGACCUGUUAUCUUUGUUUUGAAAAUAAGUAGCUGGUAUGAUUGUUGAAAAAGAUGUCAAACAUUGAACAAACAUGAGAAGUGAGAUAUAAGUAGGAAAGAUAAAAAAAAUCUGGUGACCACAAAGCAUAUCAGUGUUCUGAGUUUCUGUA